AUGUAAAAUCAUAAUCCUAAUGAUGAACUCAAUUUAGAGAACGACAAGUUUUCUAAAUAGUUGGAUCAAGAUGAACGCAUUUUGUUGUCAUGCAACUUGUUUAAGUUUAAUGAUUACAAGAAGAGACAAGAACGUAGUUUGUUGGUGUCCACAAAGAAUGUCAUAAACCUGAAAGGCACAUCCAUCAAGAGGAAGAUUCCAUACAAUAAGAUAAAGGCUAUCACAUUGUCCUCCAUCGGCACAGAAUUCGUGAUCCACGUCCCGGACGAGUACGACUACAGAUAUAGCAGUUAUGACAAACGCAAUAAAAUCGUGUCCAAGAUCUUAGAAGGCUAUUGUCUAUUCACUAAAGCCAAACUAGCAAUUUAUUUUAAAGAGGAUGUAUCAUUGUACAAUUACGCCACUACAAAAAGUGAUAAGAAGAAACAUGUCUCUAAGAUCCCCUCAGAAUAGCCUUAAUAUAUGGACAAUGAGAUUUUUGCCUAAAUCCUAGAGGGAGAGACCAAGGAAAAAGAUGAUGCCAGGAAGAAAACACAGACCUUAUGGGCUAGAGAGAAAGGCAAGGAAGUUACAUUGGAUGACUUCUCAAUCCUGAAAGUCUUAGGUAGAGGAGCAUUUGGGCAAGUGAUGUUGGUCGAGAAAAAAGACACUGGAGAAUGGUUUGCUAUGAAGACCAUCAGAAAAGAGGAUAUCAUAGAGAAGGAUCAACUUGAACACACCAAAACAGAAAAAAUGAUAUUGGAACAUGUCAAUCAUCCAUUUUUGGUCAAUUUGGCUUAUGCAUUCCAAACUCCAUAGAAAUUGUUUUUCAUUAUGCAAUUCAUGAAAGGAGGUGAAUUGUUUUAACAUUUGAGAAUGGCAAGAAAAUUCGAUGAAAAAAGAGCUAAAUUUUAUGUGGCUGAGUUAUUGUUAGGAUUAGGACAUCUACAUAGCAAAGACAUUGUUUAUCGUGAUCUUAAAUUGGAAAACAUAUUAAUGGAUGAUGUAGGCAAUGUAUUCUUAACUGAUUUCGGAAUGGCCAAAAUUGUACGUAAAAAUGAAUUGGCUAUGACAUUCUGUGGAACUCCUGAAUAUCUUUGUCCAGAAGUCAUUCUAGGAUACGGUUGCGAUAAAACAGCUGAUUGGUGGAGUUUAGGCAUCCUUACUUAUGAAAUGAUGUAUGGUUUGCCUCCCUUUUACAACAAAAAUUAAACCAUUAUGUUCAAAUUGAUUAAGGAGGCUGAACUAAGGUUCCCUGAAAGACCAGAAGUCAGUAAAGAAGCUAAAGAUUUCAUUUCAAGAUUACUUGUAAGAGAUCGAUUUGCAAGACUAGGAGCCAAGGGAGAUUUCUAAGAGUUGAUAGCACAUCCUUGGUUCAAAGAUAUCAAUUGGGAAUAGUUGAUUCAAAAAAAAGUACCCACUCCUUACAAACCAAGAGUUUAGGGAGAGUAGUGGUUGGAUGGUUUCGAUAAAGAUUUCACUAGUGAAGAUCCAAACAAGGUAAUUGAUGACGAUCACUCGAAACCUUAAAAAGAUUACGAUUAACAAUUCAAAGAUUUCUGAAAUAUAUUCACAUAUGGAUUAAAUCAUUUAUUAAUACCCUUUUAAAA